GUAAACCUGCACGCUAUUUGCGUCUUGUGUUGUUUUUCUUUUAUUUUCUUUAUGUUGUUACCAACCAGACUAUUUUACUAUUUACGGUCAGUGUAUUCAGCGUUUCUCUAGUGUUUAUGGUACAGAAAUUCUAAAAACAAUCGGAGUAUUUAUUUUAACGGAAUAGUUGUAUGUUAACUGGUAUGGUUAUCUGUUAACAUUACUGUUUAAAUUCGUUGGAUUUAUCUCAGCUUGAUCAACGUUAUAUUGUGAGGUGUUUUUUUUUACAGUGUAUUAAAAACCGAAGUGGAAUGGAUGGAUUUCUGAUUUCACCCGAAGGAGUUGUUCGGUAGUGUUCAGUUGAGUGUUUGUCUACCAGCUUUAAUGGAUGUAGUUUCUUAAGCCUCCUGGUGCGCUACACUGUAAGGGAAACAUGUACUCACUCCGACUGCUGUACAGUCUUAUCUUCGCCUUCCCUCUCGUCUACGUCCACGCCGAGGGGGUGGCUCACGAGAUUCACGUGCUGUGGCUGGCCCCUAGAGAAGAUCAAGAGGACUUUACACUCGCCUCCAGUAUGGGGCCAUUUGCCCUAGCGGUAGAGGAGUCGCAGAAUGAUACGUUACUACACAACUAUACAGUCAACAUCACCUGGGGCGACUCGGCUUGUCAACCUAAAGCGGCCAGCGGAAACUUUGUUCGAUAUUUCCUGUCCACACGACCUGACGUCAUCUUUGGACCGCCAUGCACGAAAGCUAUGGUGCCAGUGGCCGACCUGGCUGCGUUCUUCGAUAUCCCCGUCUACAGCUGGGUCUCACACAUGCACGAACUGGACAACAAAACAGAGAAGUCGACCUUGAUGCGAGCCAUAGCGCCGCUGUCAUCGUUAGGUGAUCUGCUGAUCUUCUUCUGCGAGAGAAUGCGGUGGUUCCACCUAAGUAUGAUCGCCACUGUGGGAGAACUCACGGAAGGGAUGGCCAGUUUUUUCAAGCAAACUUUGGAGGCGAACGACAAUUUUUACCUGACUCGUCUUCACGCAGGUGUAAAGGAAGGGGCCAACCGGACCCAGAUCGAAAAGAUUUAUAACGUCAUUAAAACUGAAAGUAGAAUUAUCAUCCUGGUGGUGCCGAGGCUUGAGGUACGGAAGUACCUGAUCGUGGCCGACGAGAUGGGGAUGACCAACGGCGAGUACCAGUUCCUCUAUACAGAACGUACAGUCGCAGACAAGGAGUUCCUGGCAUCGCUGACCAGCCCGUCAUUCUGGCAGUGGGGGGACGGGGAGGAUGACAAGGCUAGGCGUGGCUACCACAAUCUUCUUUACUUGGCUUUAGCUUCCCCAGCUCGAUUCAGGUUUUCCAUAAGAGGUUUCCGAAAAAUAUGCAAUCGGAAAACUGCGCAAUGGAAAUUUGCGCAAAUAGAAAAAUGA